CGUGGAGGGGACAGCAGAGACAGGACUUCUGUACCAUGCUCCUGACCUUCCCCGGCCCCUCCCUGCUCCCUCUGGCAGCACAGUCAUGCCAACAGGCUCAGGGCAGAGGGCAAAGGCCAGUCUCAGCUCCCUUUAUAAAGAGAGGCCAGGCUGGUCGAGCCCUCAGGGUUGGUGAGAGUGCCCUGCCUGGCCUGGUCCGACGUCCUGGUGUGGUGAGGGGUGCCUGUGUGUCCAGAGUGGAGGAGCCGGGUGCCCACUGAGGCAGCCAUGGGGCUGCUGACCGGGGAGACACUGGGGCCCCUGGCCGUGGCCGUGGCCAUCUUCCUGCUCCUGGUGGACCUGAUGCACCGGCGCCAGCGCUGGGCCCCAUGCUACCCACCAGGCCCCACGCCCCUGCCUGGGCUGGGCAACCUGCUGCAGGUGGACUUCCAGGACACGCUUUGCUGCUUUACUCGGCUGCGGCGACGCUUCGGGGACGUGUUCAGCCUGCAGCUGGCCUGGACGCCCGCGGUCGUGCUCAAUGGGCUGGCGGCCAUGCGCGAGGCGCUGGUGGACCGCGGCGAGGACACCUCCGACCGCCCACCUGCGCCCGUAUACGAGCAGCUGGGCUACGGGCCGCACGCGGAGGGAGUGAUUCUAGCCCGUUAUGGGGGCGCGUGGCGGGAGCAGCGGCGCUUCUCCGUGUCCACCCUGCGCAACUUCGGCCUGGGCAAGAAGUCGUUGGAGCAGUGGGUGACCGAGGAGGCCUCGUGCCUCUGCGCCGCCUUCGCAGACCAGGCCGGACGCCCCUUUAGCCCCAACGCCCUCCUGAAUAAAGCAGUGAGCAACGUGAUCUCCUCCCUGACUUUCGGGCGCCGCUUCGAGUACAAUGACCCGCGCUUCCGCGAGCUGUUGGACCUCGCGGAGAAAGGUGUGCAGGAGGAGUCAGGCGUCCUGCGCAAGGUGCUGGAAGCGAUCCCAGUGCUCCUGCGUGUCCCAGGGCUGGCUGCCAAGGUCUUUCCGGGGCAGAGGGCCUUCAUGGUCCUGCUGGAUGAGCUGAUUGCUGAGCACAGGAUGACCCGAGACCCGGCCCAGCCUCCCCGAGACCUGACCGACACCUUCAUGGACGAAGUGGAGAAGGCCAAGGGGAACCCCGAGAGCAGCUUCAAUGAUGAGAACCUGCGCCUGGUGGUGGCUGAUCUGUUCUCUGCUGGGAUGGUGACCACGUCAAUCACGCUGGCCUGGGCCCUCCUGCUCAUGAUCCUGCACCCGGAUGUGCAGCGCCGUGUCCAACAGGAGAUCGAUGAGGUGAUAGGGCAGGCGCGGCGACCAGAGAUGGGGGACCAGGCCCACAUGCCCUUCACCAUGGCUGUGGUCCAUGAGGUGCAGCGCUUUGGGGACAUCAUCCCACUGGGCGUGUCCCACUUGACAUCCCAUGACGUUGAAGUGCAGGGCUUCCUCAUCCCCAAGGGGACGACGCUCAUCACCAACCUGUCCUCGGUGCUGAAGGACGAGGCCGUCUGGAAGAAGCCCUUCCGCUUCCACCCGGAGCACUUCCUGGACGCCCAGGGCCGCUUCGUCAAGCAGGAGGCCUUCAUGCCCUUCUCAGCAGGCCGCCGCUCGUGCCUCGGGGAGCCCCUGGCCCGCAUGGAGCUCUUUCUCUUCUUCACCUGCCUCCUGCAGCACUUCAGCUUCUCGGUGCCCACUGGGCAGCCCCGCCCCAGCGACUACGGUGUCUUUGGUUUCCUGGUGACCCCGUCCCCGUACCAGCUUUGUGCUGUGCCCCGCUAGACAGGGAGCACCAAGCCCCUAACCCAGUCCUUGCUGAAACGGUGAUGUCCAAUAAACCAAUCUGAUGGCUCCAACCUGUCUUGAGUCCCACCUGGGCCCCCUGAACAGCCCCUGGCAGUGAUUUGGCCUCAGCAGCCUCCCCAAGGCCAGCUCCUACCCCUGCCUGAUCCAGCCUUACCUGGCAUUUAACCCCAUUUGAGAGACGGGUAUACUGAGGCUCACAAGGUGACAGCUUACCCUCUAAUCACCCAUGGAGACCCAGCACUGGCUGCCCUGGUUGGUGACUAAGUCCAUGCAAAAGUCUUGACUCCUGGGUGUCAGGGAGCAGGAGGAGUGUGAAUGGGCUUCUGAUAGGAAUCAGCCCAAUCCCUGGCUGGGUGAGCUCGCUCAGGUUCAGGGAUUCACCACACAGCUUAAAAGGAGAAGCUGGGACAUGAGGUGUCCA